CCAUUCCGUUUCUGCAGAGGUAUAGGGUCGCCGACCUUGCCCGAUAAUGUGAGGGACCAUGGCCGAUGUUACGCAGGGGACCUCGCGUGGCGUUCGGAAGCCUCGCAAAUCCCGCGGGCGAGGAUUGCGCGCGACCACCGGCUGCUUGAUUUGCAAGCGUCGUCACGUCAAAUGUGAUGAGGCUCGUCCACAAUGCGGUCCUUGCGCCAAAGGUCAUCGCGACUGUGUCUACGGGUCGGAUGAUUAUUCUACCCCCAGUGCAGGGGGGGUUGGCACACCUGUCGCCGCGCACUCUUCCCCUUUCCCACAACUAACCUCGCAGGUACAGCUUCACGAGCCUCUUCGAGUGUUGAUCGAUGCCUGUCAACAUGAACACGCAGCAUCCGACCGCCAGCCAGCAUCCGUCACAGCAUCGCCAGGGGUUCGACACAGCCAAACCCUGACUCCCGACAUUGGUGUCAACCACAACCAUCGCGUAUCAUCAACCACUCCAGCCAACGACUUUGCUCCAUCUCCAGCGACAGAUUCUUCGGUAUCAACCAGGCUUGCUCCAUUAAGCUGGUUCGAGCUCUUGGCUAAUGACGCAGUGAACGCGGAUCGAAACUUUCUUCUCUCACCCCUGCAGCGAGACCCCAAUCCAGCAUGUCAGACGCCAAACCCCCACUUGUCCAACUCGAACCUCCAGCCACACUCCAUUAGGGAACAUCAGAGCUUCCAAGCAGCCGCUUUUGAACGGGAUCCAGAUAUCGAAAAUAGAAUCCCGCAGACUUCCGAUGGCCAGCCAAAGCUCCUUCCCGAUCAUCCCUCGUCCUGGUGUACCCCUGCUCCAAUCCAGUUGACCGAUCAAGAAUACCAGAUUUUCAAUCACUUUGUGAAGAAUAUGAGUAGUUGGUAUGAUUUUUUUGACCCGACCCGACAAAUCUCGACCAAGAUCCCACAAUUAGCCUUAAGGAACAUCGGUGUGAUGAAGGCGCUGCUAGCCAUGUCGGCACGUCAUCUGUCCAUUUGGCAUGCCAACAAGGCACAGGGCCGCGGUGCUGGGGUCGUUCGACACCGGGACGAUGGGAGAAAAGUGGCGGAGUUCCCGGACGUUGAUCGCAACAGUGCAGUCCAGUAUUACUAUGAGACCCUGCAUUACCUAAACAAGGCCAUGCAAUAUCCCAGCUACGCAUCUAGCCAUGAGAUCAUAUCCACGGCUCUGUUAAUUAGCACGUAUGAAAUGGUGGAUGGGUCGAACCGAGACUGGGAACGGCAUCUCAAGGGGGUCUUUUGGAUUCAAAGAUACCAAAACAACGAUGGCGAAUGCGGCGGACUCCGCCAGGCCAUCUGGUGGGCGUGGCUUCGGCAGGACGUAUGGGUAGCAAUGCGAGAACGUCGUCGCGUAUUCAGCUUCUGGAGACCCAAGCGACACAUCUCCACGCUGGAGCCCACGGAACUGGCAGGGUUCGCUUCUUACCUGCUUGCACAAUGCGUGAACUAUGCAUCACGUGAAGAAGCGGCAUCGAAAGAUAUUCAAAGCCGCCUGGAACGAGGCAACGAGCUACUUUACAUGCUGCAGGAAUGGCAGGACUAUCUGCCCCCGGAGUUCAGCCCACUUCCCACUCCACAGCAUACAGACGUGUUCCCACCGAUAUGGGUGCACCCUGCAUCAUAUGCGGCCGCUUUGCAAAUACACAGUCUAGCUAGAAUCCUGGUGAUAUCGCACCGUCCGUCGGUGGGCGGCUUCCAAGAUUACCGGGCUGCUCAGAAGCUGCUCACCACGUCUGUGAAUACCAUUUGCGGGAUUGCCCGAACCGUAAGCGAGGACGAUCUGGCUGCAAGCUUGAUGUGCCUGUAUUGUGUAUUUGGGGCCGGAAUGAGUGUCCAUACUCCGCAUGAGCGAGCUGCGUUGCUCGACCUGAUUGGUGUUUUUGAGCGGCGGGUGUGUUGGCCGCGAUACUCGUUGCGGAAUGAUCUCGAGUUGAAAUACCAGAAAGAUGGACUUUCUGUAUUUGCAGUAUAG